CAGUUCAACCGCCAGAUGUACAUGUAAAUUUAGAAGAAAUAUGUACAAACACAACAAGUAAUGAUAGUAAUGAUGACAUAAGAACUUCCUUAAAUACACUUACAAAGGCGGUAUCUGAUUUGAAAGACCAUUUAACAUCGGUCUCAGAUACCGUAAAAUCACUGAAGGAACAAUCCGACUCUUCUAUGGAAGAUCAAGUUCUACAACAAAAUACUGUUCAAGGUGACAUGAUUGACGAACCAUGUGCACCCUCAAAUCAACCUGGAACCAUUACAGCACAGAGACCGAAUAACAGCCAAAAUGGAACAAUUACACAUAUAGGUACAAACAAUAGUUACAACAUGUAUGAUUCUCCUUCUUAUUUAGAAAAUGUACCAUUCACCCAAACUAAUAUUAAUUGUUUUCAAUCUGCAUUGCCAGUAGGAGCCACAGUGUCUGAUGAUGUAAAAGGGAAAAUUUGGGCAAAUGAAUACAUCAAUUUUGAUAUUUUAUUACCGGAAGACGACAUGAUUGAUAAGCCUAUUCCACUCUCAGUGGAAAGAGAUAACCAAAAUCAGCCACGUUUGGUAUUUAACGAAAGUACUGGAAGCAAGAAAAUUCGCACUAUAGACCAGUGGAUCAGCGCUUUUUCGGCAUAUAUGGUCAUAUACUGUCAAAAGUUCACAGAUGCCUUUGAGGAUCUCGUAACUUAUAUGGAGACUGUGAGGGAAAUUGCAAAGAGUAAUGGGCAAUGGCUUAAGUAUGACAAAAAAUUUAGAAAAGCUAAAUGUCAGCUCAGAGUAUCUUGGGCUAACAUGCAUCAGGAACUGUGGCUUAAGGCGAUGCAAAAAACUCCAGAUGUACAGAAUGAUAAUUAUCAAUCACAGAGGCGUAAUUAUAACACUUCUAAUGACCAUAUUCCACAAGGUUUUUGUGUACGGUUUCAUAGUGGUAAUUUUUGUCAAUUGCCUUGCAAAUGUUUGCACAAAUGCUAUAUAUGUAAUAAACUUCAUCCUGCUAGCAAAUGCUGGCAUACUGCUAAUCAGCAAAGUACAAAUUACAAUCAAAAUGUAAAUACUUUCCGUUCCUUUCGGACACCAUUUCAAGGAGCAAGACCCAGAAAUAUGCACUCAAACAGUCAUGCCUUUCAUGCAAACCCCAGAUUUCCAAGACCACAACUCCGGUUCCCAAAUUUCAUCCCGAUCACGAGGCGUUAAAGAAACGAACACAUUUGAGGUUGAUGUUAAGCUUGGAGAUGAGAAAUUGCCUACACCUGUAAAUGUUUUGGUAUUGGCCCAAUUUUUACAAGAUUAUGAUGGACAAGAAAAAGAUUUUAUUUUAUCUGGAUUUUCAAAUGGUUUUUCAGUAUGUUCGGAAAAAAUUUCACCUAGUUUACAAUGUAAAAAACUGUGUUCAGCAAAUAAACUUCCGGAUAUUAUGAGUGAUAAAAUCUGUAAGGAGCUAUUAGCUGGAAGGUUUGCAGGGCCUUUUUUGACUCCCCCUUUUUCUAAUUUUACAAUUUCACCUCUUGGUCUAUGUCCUAAAAAGGACCCAAAUAAAUUCAGACUUAUUCACCACCUGUCUUUUCCGAAAGGUGAUUCAGUAAAUGAUAGUAUUGCAGAGGAAUUUCGUUCAGUUCAAUAUACAAGGAUAAAAGAUGCAAUUAGAGGCAAAAAAGAGUUCAAAAGUCCAUGUUUUCUUGCAAAAACUGACAUUUCUAUGGCUUAUCGAAAUUUACCCUUAAGACCUAAAGGAAUAUCAUUUGUUUGGAUUUAUGUGGAAAGGUCUCUAUUAUCACGAUAAAUGCCUCCCAAUGGGAGUUUCAUCAGCGUGUCAAAUAUUUGAACGUUUUAGUACAGGGCUUCAUUGGAUAGGACAAAAUUUUAUGAAUGAGGGUAUCAUGUUUCACAUUUUAGAUGAUUUUUUGAUAGUUGCCCAGUCCAGGGAUCUAUGUGAAAUUUAUCUCAAACAAUUUUUGGAUGUUUGUGAUAAAAUAGGUGCACCUAUGGCUCCUGACAAGACUAUAGGCCCAGCUCAUUGCUUAACUUUUUUGGUAAUUGA